GCACCAUACAUGGAAGUGGCGAUUUGAAAGUAUGAAAAACAGCCACCAGUCAGGAUUUUUUUUGUCCUUCUGGCUACGGGAUUACAAAUAUUUAUACAUAAACAAACUGACCUCCAAUUAAAAUACUAACAUAUCGGGAGCCGUUAAAAAUAUUCCAAAUAACAGGGACGUCUGAUCGGCAAUGGAGGAAGAAGAACACACAGACCGAAAGCAGCAGCUUGCCAUGCUCUGCCAAAAGCUCAACAAAUUAAAACAACAUCUAAACGAAGAUGACACAGAUAAUAUUAAUAAGAUAAUUGGAUCAAACUCUCCUGAAAAGUGCCUUUCCUAUUUGGUGUUCUUGGAGAAGAAGGGAGACCCUCGUCUUAUGGACGUCUACACACGAGUAUUCUCCAAUAUGCCCCUGGCAAAGCAUUGCCAGAAUGAGAGCUAUGCUCGAAUGUUGGUUCGAUUUGCAGAGCUCAAAGCGCUCCAGGAUGUCAACGAAGCAGAGGCAAACUUCAACUUGGCCAGAUCCAACUGCCAUGAUUUUGCAUUUGUCCACAUUGCACAUGCUCAGUUUGAACGUUCUCAAGGAGACACAAAGAAAAGUACUUACAUUCUUCAGAGGGCAAUAGAACUUGGGGCCAAACCCACAGAGUCGCUUCAUGCAGCAUUACUUAACCUGCAGUCAGGCAGAGCACAGCAAGAGUCUUCUGAAGACAAGGAAAACAUUACCGCAGUGGCUUAUAAGAAUGCGUAUGAUUUGGGCAAAAAGAGCUCGGAAUUCCGCAUAGCUUCCAGGAACUCGGACGGGACGGGUGACUUGCCUCUCUCAAGUGCCUUCUGUUCAGGACCGGACCAGCGGAGUGGAUCCUUGGAGCACCAGGCUUCCGUAUGGAGGUCGGGGUCUCUGCGAAAAGGAUUCGUUGGCAUGCCAGGAAGAGUGCCCAUAGUGCCCAUCCCAGAGACGAAGGAUGAUGUGGCUGGAGGUUCUCAGGAGAGGCCAGUGAAAAGGGCUGAUGCUUCCUUCUCCAGCAGUGUGUCCAGGCAAACAUCUGGGUCGUCUGUGUUUACCUUAUCAUCAGCCAAGACUGCUGUAGAGGGGGACUUCCUCAAUCUAAAGCCGCCCACCACCAGCCCUGCGCCCCGCCCCUGGGAGGAGCUAGCCAUGGUGGACUCCACCACGAAUCUCCUGCGCAGGAAAGACUCCUCCAGGCUGGAAGACACCACGUACAACCUGACCCAGGCCCUGAGCUCCAACUCUCCAGAGAGCUGCAGGUGCUACCUGCUGAGCCUGGAGCGGAAAGGGGACCCCCGCACGGACCCUGACCUGCUGGCCAGGCUCCGGGACUGCUACUCCAAGGUGUUCUCCAGUCUGGCGCUGGGCAAGCACAGCCGCAACGAGAGCUACGCACGGAUGCUCGUGCGCUUCGCCGAGCUCAAAGGUAUCGACGACCCUGAUGACGCCAGGGACAACUUCACUUUGGCCAGAUCCAUCAGCAAGAGCUUUGCCUUCGUCCACAUCGCACACGCCCAGUUCGAGCUCGCACAAGGCAACGGGCACAAAGCGACGUCCAUCUUGCUGAAGGCCCAGAGUCUGGCCACGCCGGCGGAGCACCUGGAGACAGCCAUGAAGAACCUGAAGGCUGGGAAGAGCCAGCUGCUGCCCUCCGACGACACGGACAGACCCCCAGAGCCUCAGUCCCAAGGCGUGCUGGUUUCGUCGAGCUGUGCGGCAGAGAGGGAGCAGGAGGCUCCGUUCAUGGUGUCCCAGGUCCAGCACAAAAACCCGGCCAGGGAGCCGGGGUGGAAGAUGCCCAUGCGCGUCACCUCGCUGGUCUCCCCAGAGGAGAGGCACACCCCUCCCGAUCCCAGGCUCACCCCUCGCCUGGUGGACUCCCUGCCCACCCCUUCCCUGCCCCUCCCCUCCAGGCUCCAUCCUCCUGCGGUCUGUCAAACGCCCAACUACAAAGACCCUGCGGCAAACAGCUUUUACACUCCUAUUGUGAAGAGGAACCAACCCGUCCUGGCUCCUUCCUCGACGACACACCGAGCAGGCCCCGCCCAGCCGCCCGGCACCCCCCUCAACCAGGUGUCCUAUACCCAGCAGACCCCUAAGGGUUCCUUCACGCCCCUGUCCAACGAAUCCAUCACCAUCAAAGGGCGCCAGUUCUUCAUCCUCAAGAUGAUUGGCCGCGGCGGGUCCAGCAAGGUGUACCAGGUCCUGGACCACAAGAAGCAGCUGUUUGCGGUGAAGUACGUGAACCUGGAGGAGGCCGACGCCCAGACGGUGGAGAGCUACAAGAACGAGAUUGAGCACCUCAACCACCUGCAGCAGUACAGCGACCAGAUCAUCAAGCUGUACGACUAUGAGAUCACCAACAGCUACAUCUACAUGCUGAUGGAGUGUGGGAACCUUGACCUGAACACCUGGCUGAGGAACCGGAAGACUGUCAACUCCCUGGAGCGGAAGUUCUACUGGAAGAACAUGCUGGAAGCCGUCCACACCAUCCACAAACACGGGAUCAUCCACAGUGACCUGAAGCCUGCCAACUUUGUGAUUGUCAACGCCUCGCUGAAGCUGAUCGACUUUGGCAUCGCUAACAGCAUCCAGCCUGACGUCACCAGCAUCAUGAAGGACUCACAGGUGGGAACAUUAAACUACAUGCCUCCUGAAGCCAUCAAAGACACGGGAAAAGGCAGCUCUAAGAUCAGCACCAAAGGAGAUGUGUGGUCACUGGGCUGUAUCCUCUACUGUAUGACAUACGGAAAGACGCCUUUCCAGAGCAUCACCAACCAGUUCACCAAGCUGCACGCCAUCAUCGACCCCUCCCACCACAUCGAGUUCCCUGACAUUGCCGAGAAGGACCUGCUGGACGUGCUGAAGAGGUGCCUGGUCAGGAACCCCAAAGAGAGGAUCUCUAUCUCAGAGCUUCUGGAACAUUCUUACCUGCAGAUUCAGCCAUCAUCUGAGCCUGCUGCCCCAUCCGAUAACCAUGACCUGAGGAAGAUCCUUAAUGACCUCGCUGCUCUCCAGUCUCCCAGCAGCAUCGUCAGGGCCGCCAGCAACCUGGCGAAAAUGUGCAACAGUGGCAGGAGGCUGGAUGUAGCAGACUGUGUGAGGUCAUCCAGCCAACCCUCCUGGAAGAUGUGAAGAUGGUGUGGAUGAUAUUAGCCUGACUUAGCUUAUACCUGCGAGAGUCUGGCAUGUGGGCUGGCCUGCUGUGCAACAAAGUACUGAACUGUAGGGGACACUCCCCUGGCUCUGAGUCUUCCUCCCAACCCUCAGCCAGGGGAGCUCAGCCCAGGCUCCAGCCCUACCCUCAGGCCCGUCUCCUGGCUCUCCUCUUAUUUUAGCCUCACCGUGCCCUCUGCGCCCAGCUGUACAUACUGUCACUGAUCUUUUGUUGAUCUGUUUUCUAUGGUAUGCCACAUGGUUUUGAAGCUCAGGUCUUCUUACUUGCAUCUCAAACGAGAAGAAGAAUACGUUUUGCAACCACUUUUCUGCAGUGUAUGUCCCAUUUUUAGACAUUAUUAACAACCACAGCCAUCUUUGUUUUAAUUCAUAUCGUUUGGUAUUUAGACGUUUAUAUAUUUUUUUGUACUAUAGGUCCUAUGUUAAAUGCAAGAACUUACAGACUCGGCAAA